AUGGCCGAAGAGAAGAUCGUGAACACCCAAGUGGAUGGCGGGAGCGAGAGAGGAAUCUCGAAAGCAAACGUCGACCCGGUUUCUCACAUUGAAAUGGGAGGUGAUGACCUGAAGAAAGAUCACGUCGACUACAACCGUAUCGACGCGGAAGUUGCUAAGUACACCAGCGAUGUCGCCAUUCAUAUCACACCAGAAGAGAACUCCAGGCUCAAGAGACUCAUCGAUAAACGAGUCCUCAGUAUCAUGGUCUUCACCUACUUCCUCCAGGCUCUCGAUAAAGGAACCAUGAGUUUCACAUCCAUCAUGGGUGUCAAAGAAGAUCUCCAUCUCGUCGGACAACAGUUCUCUUGGUUGACGACCUGUAUCUACAUUGCCAUCCUCUUUGUCGAGUAUCCCACCAACUACAUGAUUCAACGUCUUCCAAUCGCCAAGUAUUUAGGUUCAUCCAUCAUUAUCUGGGGAGUCGUUCUGGCCCUUCAUUCUGUGGCUAAGAAUUUCACCCACAUCCUUGUCCUUAGAACUUUACUCGGUAUUUUCGAGGCAGUUUGUCAGCCGGCUUUUGUUUUCUUGAGCUCUAUGUGGUACAAACGAGAGGAGCAGGCAGCUACUGUUACAUACUGGUACAUGAUGAACGGUAUGCAACAAAUCGUCGGCGGUCUUCUAGCCUACAGUUUCUCCCUCAUCAAAUCCGCGCCAAAAGGCAACUCGCCCCUCAAAUCAUGGCAAGCAAUCUUCAUCACCUACGGAUCCUUCUCCGUUCUUUGGGGUAUUGUUGUGCUCUGGUGGAUGCCUGACUCCCCCAUGCGCGCGAAGUGCUUCAGCGAAGAAGACAAGAAACUCAUGGUCGAACGUGUCCGUUCCAAUCAAACCGGCGUGCAAAACAGACAGUUUAGAAGAUAUCAAGUCGUGGAAGCUUUCAAAGACCCACAGAUGUACUGUUAUUGCUUGAUUGCCAUUUGCACCACACUUCCUACCAGUGGACUCGGUGCUUUUGCCAAUAUCAUUAUCAAGGGCUUCAAGUUUACGCUGCUUCAAACACAGCUUCUCGCUAUGGUUUUGGGUGCUUACAUCAUUUUGGUGCUGCUUAGCAGUAACUGGAUUAUCAAGAGAACAGGACAAAACGUUCUCGUCAUGAUGGUCUAUGUCAUUCCCUCCUUCGUCGGCACCAUAGUCCUCAUGACCGUUCAAAACACAAGCAAAGCAACCCAAGGCGGGCUCCUCUUCUCAUACUACCUAGUCCUCUCUUUCUGGGCCGCCCAAACCGUCGCCAUGUCCCUCAUCUCCCGCAACAUCGCAGGUCAAUCCAAGAAAACCAUCGUCGUAGCCGCGAACUUCAUUUCUUGGGCCACCGGAAACGCUAUCGGUCCCCAAGUCUUCCUCGCCUGGGACGAACCCCGCUACUUCAUCGCUUUCGCUACACACAUGGGCUGUUACUGCCUCCUUGUGCUCGUUCUCAUCUUCCUCAGAUUUUACCUGAAGAGCCAGAAUGCGAAGAAAGAUCGUAUUCAAGCGGAGCGUGCGGCUUCGGGGAUUGGGGGCGUGGAUGUGGAUAUGGUGCAUGCGUUUGAUGAUUUGACGGAUCAGGAGAAUAUGAAUUUCAGAUAUGUUUAUUAG